AAGCUAAGGUUGCACAAGUUGGAAGAGAGCUACAUUGAUUUCACAGUAUUAAUCAACCCUCCUUCUAUUUUAUUCUUCUUCUUCCUCCUUCUUCAUUAAAGCAACCACCCAAUUAAAAUGCAACUCCUCUGACUUCCUUUUUCCAACUCUCUCUCCUCUCUCUCUCUCUGCAUAUACAUACAUAUAUACAACCCUUUGCCUGUAUCUAUAUCCCUCGGUUUUGCUUCUGUUUUCUUGUUGCAGUUUUUUCAAACAAAUGCAUAUACAGUUACAGAUUCCGUUUCCUUCACUCUCUCUCUCUACAUUCUUCAUCUGAUUUCAACUACCUUCAUUUCACACUUUUUCACGCACCUGAGAGUGACAUGUUGGAUCUGAAUGUUGGCGCCGCCUUCUCCGACGACGACCUCAGCUGCCACAACGCCGCCACCACCGCCGAUUCCGUCGCCUCCACGACCACUUCCGCCACCAAUAAUGCCGCCGCCGCCGAGGUCGACAGCCGCAACACCUCCGUCUCCACGCUCAAUUUCUCAAUCCUCGACAAGUAUGUGAUCGAGAUCGAGGAUGACGUCAGCAUCGCCGCCAACGAGCUGCAGCUCUUCCCGAUCGCCGAUUCGACUCCUGCCGCUGUGGUUAGAGAGAAGUAUUGGCUGAAUCUGUCGGUGCCGGAGGGCUCCGCCGGGGUGGAAUUGGGGAUUUAUAAGGCGCAGCUGCCGGAGACUGCUCCGGUGCAGCCGAAGAAGAGCAGGCGUGGGCCCCGCUCCAGGAGCUCUCAGUAUCGUGGAGUUACUUUCUACCGUAGGACUGGAAGAUGGGAAUCGCAUAUUUGGGAUUGUGGCAAACAAGUGUAUUUGGGAGGAUUUGAUACAGCACAUGCUGCAGCUCGGGCAUAUGAUCGUGCUGCAAUCAAGUUCCGUGGAGUUGAUGCUGACAUCAAUUUCACCAUCAGUGAUUAUGACGAGGAGAUGAAACAGAUGAAGAGUUUGUCGAAGGAAGAGUUUGUUCACAUUCUGCGUCGCCAGAGCAAUGGGUUCGCCCGGGGAAGCUCCAAGUAUAGAGGCGUUGCUCUGCACAAAUGUGGUCGUUGGGAGACACGAAUGGACCAAUUCGUUGGAAAGAAGGCAUAUGAUGAAGCAACCAUCAAAUCUAAUGGGAGAGAAGCCAUUACCAAAUUUGAGUUUAGCAACUAUGACAAGGAGAUGAACUUAAGCUCCGGAAAUGGAGGUAAUGGCAGCAGUCUUGAUCUCAACCUCGGGAUGUCUUUAUCUUCCGAUGGGAAUGACACUACCAGAAAUCAGCAUUAUCCUGCUCCCGAUGGGAAGAGAUUAAAGGUCGAGCCAAUCUCUGCCCCUCAAGAACUAAUGCAAAAGUAUCCUACCAUGUGGGCUGGCAUCUAUUCUGGUUUUACCCCAAACGAUAAGGAAUUAGCUACAAGAAUGAGUGGUGAAGCUGUUCCUUUGCCUGGAUACAGCUCAAACUGGCCAUGGAAAAUGCCAAGUCACGGUAUGGUCACCCCGGUCCCCGUAUUGGCUUCUUCUGCAGCAUCAUCAGGAUUCUCUUCCGCAACUUCUCCAUACUUCACUUCUUCCGUGCCAUUGACCAAUCGGGCACAAUUUCCUACAACAGCUUUCCACAGCCUUCAGUGACCCUUCCUUGCAAGUUCGAAUCACCACAGCCACAAGUAUUAUCAGUAACAGGAGCGGAACGACCCUCAUUUUAGUCUGUUUGAGAUUUGGCUAGCAAAAGAAGCCAUGCCAACUGGGGUGAAUCGUCUCAGCAGCCAUACGUAUAGCACAAAUAAUAGAUUGACCAAAUUAUAUGUUGUGUAUAUAUUGGUACGAUGAUUCUGAAGAGUGAAUACUGUGUAGAAUUCGAUUGCUGUUGCAACCCAUUGUGAACUCUUGUUUGCGUCCAUCUUUUUGAGCUAUAAAUGAGAAAUGCAGAUAUUCUUCUUUA